UGGCGCCGGUGUACCACGCAACCAGCAUCACUUCACCACAUCACCCGGUGUGACGUAGGCCGACCGAUGACGUCGCCGGCGCAGUGACCGGUGCGGCCAACCGGCAGAUCAAUACGGCAAGCGGGCGGGGCGAUCGCCGCGGCUGGAGUUCGGCGAGUUUGGGCUUGUCAGUCCGCAGCCGGGUCGGCUGUCAAUGCGUGGCCCUGGUCCCUGCCGCUGUCCACACUCUCGUUACCAUGGAGUAGCCGCCCAGCCUUCUUGCUGCCAGCAGCCAGCUGACAGUCCCUUGGCACGUACGGGACGCACGCACACUCACCCCCUUCGCCCCGUCCUGUCACCUCACGCUCAAUAUUUUGUGAUACUCACCUCUCUCGGCCGCAGCUCGUUGGCCAGAACCUGUGCCUAGCCCGCACGUCACACAGUCCGUUAGUCACGGAUGCUGCUCCAGCCCGCCAGUCCGCAGGCGCGUAGUCCGGCUGGAGACAAUCAAAGAGAGGCAACUCAAUCAGUAAAGAAGAGACUUAGUAUAAUGUCAAGGAAAAGAAUGCGUGAAGAAGAGGCCAGCAUUACGUCCACUGACUGCCAAACAGAGUCCAACCACACAUCACCUAAUGGACAGUUCGGGAUAAGUUCUGUCCGAAGUAUGGCACCAUUUAGUGAUGAUCCAGAAGCUAUAGCCAUCAGAGAAAAAGUGGAUUAUAGUGUACGAAUUACCUUAAAACAAGCAAAGGCUGGUAAUGCCCCUAGGCCUAUUAGAGUUUUUUCUGAUGGAAUUUAUGAUCUAUUCCAUCAGGGGCAUGCAAGACAACUUUUACAAGCCAAAAAUUUAUUUUCCAAUGUCUAUCUUAUAGUUGGUGUCAAUGGAGAUGCACAAACACACACUAAAAAGGGUCGUACAGUUAUGACUGAGGAGGAAAGAUUUGAAGCUGUCCGACACUGCCGAUAUGUAGAUGAAAUUGUUAGAGAUUCUCCAUGGGAAUUGGAUGAUGAAUUUCUGAAUAAGCACAAGAUUGAUUUUGUUGCUCAUGAUGACAUUCCCUAUGUCACAGAAGAUUGCACAGAUGUUUAUAGCCUUUUAAAGGAAAGGGGCAUGUUUGUGGCUACAGAAAGGACUGAAGGUGUAUCUACUUCAGAUAUUGUUGCAAGAAUUGUCCGUGACUAUGAUGUUUAUGUCAGGCGAAAUUUGGCUCGUGGUUACAGUGCCAAAGAGCUCAAUGUCUCCUUUUUAAAUGAAAAAAAGUUCCGUCUUCAAAAUAAAAUGGAUGAACUGAAGGAUAAGGGGAAGCGUGUCAUGGAAAAUAUUGGAGAAAAACGUAUUGAUAUGAUUCAAAAAUGGGAAGAGAAGUCCAGAGAUUUUAUUGAUACUUUUCUUUUACUGUUUGGAAGGGAAGGCAGAUUGUCACAUAUUUGGAAUGAAGGAAAAGGAAGGCUGAUGCAGGCUCUAUCCCCACCAUCAAGCCCAGCAAGAGGUGAUGACAAUUCCACAAGUGGGGAUGAAGCUUGCCCUCCUCCUCCCAAAGCAUGCCGUCUUGAAUUUUCUGCUGGAUCAAGUCGUAGUCGUUCCUCAGCUGCUCUUUCAGAUGACUACUCAGAUGAUGAAGCACCCACAGGUGGUAUAUGAUAAUAGUUUAAAGGAAAUUCUUUUUAAAAAUGAUGAAUUGAAGUUCAUAGAAGAUUUUGAGAAAUAGUCAUUGCUGAUAUAUUACCAUUGUCUAGUAUUGUUAACAAUGAUUGAUUGUUAUAAAUAAAUGCAGGGAGUUUUAUAUGCCUUUAUCUAAUCCAUUGUUUUAUAAUGGUUUUACAUGAAGCUUUGGCAAACCAGUCAAAAGCCUAAAUUGUCAGUACUGUAAAAUGAUCCAUCUAUUGGAUGCAAAAUUUUAUAUUUAUUCGUCUGAUGAUUCUCUCAUCAUAUUGUGAUGAAAACAAACUUUCCUAUUCCUGUUUUCAUUUGUCUUUUUAGAGAUCGGUUUUUAAUAUGAUUAGUAACCUAUUCUCUUGAGCAGUUGAGCCUACUGUUAGAUUGAAUCCUUUGCACAAAAUUUGUAAAUGGCGUAUCUCAAGUCUUGACUGGUAGGCAGUGUUGGGUACAUAGCGCAUCGUAGCCAAUGUGUAUUCUGCCUAUUUAGAAAUGUUCUUAUGACCAUAGAUAAAAGGAAGGUGGUCAUAACUUGUAUCUACUUAGACAUAUAAUCAUUUUGCAGAUAAAUUUACGGUCUUUAAUUAUGCAGCUAUGUUCAGUAAAAUAUGUCUGGUUGUACAUUUGUUCCUAUUGUGGACCAUUUAGGGUUUCAUAUUCAGUACAAACAUUACUUUGGCAGAUUUCUUGCUACAUAUGUUUACAAUUUUUAGCGUUAAAUCAUACCAAGACAAUUACCAGACAAUAAUCAUAUGUGGUCAGAGGGAGUCUGUUGUUCUUCAUUCAGGCCAAUUAAUCUUACAAUUGAUGCUUGAUACCUUUGCUUUGUGAAAUCAAUACGAGAUUAUGAUUUCUUAGGCUGCAAUGUGUUAAAACAAUUAAAAGGGUAGCAAGUUUAUGGCACAGCUUGUAUAGUUUUGCAGUGUGUUUUUCUGUCUCCAUAUAGUGCACUGUCUCACAUGCACAUUGGAAGGUUGUUAUCCACUUUUUCAGCCUUUAUAAAUGUAACAAAGAGAUCUGUCUUUACAUUUGUUGGUAGCACCUAAUUGGCAGGGUUUGAAAAAUAGGGCAAAGCUUGCUACAUUAUUGAUUAUUGUGACUUGUCAAUCACACAUGUUCAUGAAAAGUGUUAAGUUCCUGUUUCUUGUUAACAUUCCAUGAAACUGUUGGCAUCUGGUAACAUUUUAACUAUAGUUGCUUUUGUUUAUAUGUAGUGCACAAGGUAAAUAAGUAAACAUAAGCAACAUCUUUUUUAUGAAAUGAAAUUGAACUUGUCUAUCUCAAGUUUGUCUGUUUUUAUUGUGAUUCCCUACCUCAAAUCUAAUGAAUUCUCAUGAUUUGUUGUACCAGUCAUUCUUAUGGCAUUGUUCAGUAAAACUAUUUUGUUAAAAUUUCCUACCCUUUAAAUAAGUUCCAAGGGGACAUCUGGAAGUUUUAUUGUGACUGAUGGGGUUUUCACAUCAUUUGGUUUCUAAUCGAUGUGCUGUGCAUAGCAAAUAGAGUUAAUGUUUACUGAGUAUAUUAUUUAAUGAUAUUUUGUCUUAAUAUAUUGAAUUUGACCAAAUCCA